CGCGGGACUGUAUUUGCACAGACGCUGAACUUACAGUUACCUGUUACUUGAGCCAGACAACCACCUCUCCUUUUAAAGAUGGGUAUCCCAGUGCCAUUCGCGUGGAAUGAGAGCUUCGCUACCAGCUAUAAGAACAUCGACUUGGAGCACAGAACCCUCUUCAAUGGACUGUUUGCCCUCUCCGAGUUCAACACUCGCGACCAGCUGUUAGCUUGCAAGGAAGUCUUUGUGAUGCAUUUCCGUGACGAACAGGGCCAAAUGGAGAAAGCUAAUUUUGAACAUUACGAAGAGCACAAAGCCAUUCACGAAGGGUUUUUGGAGAAGAUGGGCCACUGGAAGGCGCCUGUUGCCCAGAAAGAUAUCAGAGCUGGAAUGGAGUGGCUUGUUAAUCACAUCCCCAAUGAGGAUUUCAAGUACAAGGGCAAAUUGUAAAAAGGACAAAUAGGAAUAAUGCGCCAUCUAUCGGUCUGUGUUGCUGCCAUUUUACGCCGUAUUGGAGACAUUCGUCUAAACACCGUUUCAAGGGCUUAUGCAUGAAGUUACGCAAAGAUGGAAAAAUCUACAAAUAUCUAUGAUAUUUACUUAUUGUCUGAAACCAAUAAAUGAUUUUGAUGCAAUCCAG